AAAAGAACGAAAAAAGUGUCUCUUAACCUUUAAAUUAAUAGCAACGUCGCUUAGACGUCAAUGCUAGUUUUUCUUUGACGAAGAACCGGGCUCGGUUGAGUCCGAUGCCUCCCCCGGUUCUUCUUCUGACGCAUCAAGCUCCAGAUUUGUCGUAGUUCCAUUGUCUUCUACGAAUUUUGCAAUUCCCUUGGUGAAUAUUUCGCCCUUCCCGGAUAAAAUGUCUUCAAUUGUUAUUUUAGAGUCUGAAAAGAUUUUAAGAUGAUCAGCAAUUAAAUGUCGGUUUUUGCAACCAGGGCAUUGGAUUAGAACUGUUCCGUUGUGGUAUGCCUGUUUGGACAUAUGAUGAGUCGACCGAUUCGAGCAACUAUAGUAGAGUUAGCCAGAUAUAAUAGACACUAAACGAGGAACAUACACAGUACAUGUGAAGGUUAUUUGAUACGCCGGCUUAAUUUUUGCUUUUUCAUCUUGUUCCUUUCGAGAAGAACUUGGUUUCACCGAGUAUUUUCGACUGUGUCCUAUAGGCGGCAGCUGUGGUCUCGCCGUGUAACUAGUAACAAAAGCUCUCUGAAAAUAAAACGUUUGUAUAUUCCGUGCCGAGAAGGGCCGAGCUUGACGCAGCACGUUUGAUAUACGACUGAACAUUUUUCCUGUGUCCACGUAUUGGAACUCCCUCACUCCGUAGUGGUUUCUUCUAAGAAUUGCGAACUCUUUACAGCAGCCACCAAACUGAUCUGCGAUCAGUUAACCGUUCUAUAUACAAACACGGAAACACUAUAUAUGCACAUACUGUUUAUAUCUAAUACUAUUUUUCUGAUUACUUGUUGAUUUUGGAUGAAUAUGCAACGGCCUGGCAAACCCAAAAUUCGGGCUCCUCGAAAAUUCUAUCCGAAAGCAAGAGACUGGAAGGAAUCAUGGUCCGUUUUGUCUAGUGCCAUUCAGGAAAUCUUUCAGAAAAAUACGUCAAAACUUUCCUUCGAGGAAUUGUACAGAAACGCAUAUACACUAGUGCUGUAUAAAAAUGGAGACAAACUCUACAAUGGUGUUAGUGAAUUAAUUGCUUCGAGACUUUCUACAACUAUAAAAGAAACACUCAAUAAUGACUGUGAUGCUAAAACAAUUGAGCAGAAAAACACUGCAACUAACUCUAAACAACAACUUGCAUCCUGCGAGCGUUAUCUUUCUGCUGUCGAAAAAUGCUGGUCCGAACACACAGUAGCCAUGUAUAUGAUUGCGAGUGUUCUCAAGUACAUGGACAAAACUUACUCAAAGGAAGCUGGCGAAUUGCCGAUCUAUGAUAUGGGGUUGCUGCUCUUUCGUGAUAAUGUACUAUUUAAAGAAGAUAACUUGGGGCAACUGGUGAUUGAAGCAGUUUUGAAGCUUGUGGAAAUGGACCGCAAUGACAUGAGCAUUAAUCGACCAGUUGUUAAAUCUUGUUUAGAGAUGCUUAUUCUCCUUCCUUCAAAGACAAAAAAUCUUACCCUCUAUGACUCAUUCUUCACACCUUUACUCCUUGAGACGAGUCGCACAUUUUACGCGGAAGAAGCGACAGAGUUUUUGGAAUGUUAUACUGUUCCAGAGUAUUUGAAAUGGCUGAAUGAAAGAAUUGAGCAAGAGAACAACCGGAUGCGGCACUACUUGUCUACUCGCGUUGAGACACAAGUAAUAGGCGUUCUUCGAGAUGAGUUUUUGAGUAAACGGCUAACGGCUAUUCUCGAAAUGCCUUCAUCCGGUCUCUGGUUUAUGAUUGAAAAUUCACAAAUUGCAGAACUAACCCAGCUAUACAACAGCUUCUUAACCAUCACCGAGGGUAUCCCUCAACUGCGUCAAUUUCUCUACAACCGUGUCAUCGAAAAAGGUCGCGAGAUUAAUGCGAACACUGAAAGAAAAUCCUCUAGUGAAACAGGCAAACCACUAUCUACGACGUCCAUCGCAACACAAUGGGUCUCUUCUGUACUCGCAUUGUGGACUAAACUUACGUCUAUCCUCACCGAGUCCAUGAAUAAUGACCGGCUCAUUCACAACACCAUUUCUGAUGCAUUUACCAGUUUCAUUAAUGACUGCCCCCGUUCACCAGAGUACAUUUCUCUCUUCAUUGACGACUAUCUAAAGAAGGGUCUUCGGGGCCAAUCCGAGGCAGAAGUGGAGCAGAUGUUACAGAAAUCUGUCACCCUUUUCCGGUUUGUUUCUGAAAAAGACGUUUUCGAGAAAUACUACAAAAUACACUUGGCAAAACGUCUACUGAACAACCGACUGAGCUCGGAAGAUGUUGAGCUGGAAUUGAUAAGUCGACUCAAGUUAGAGGCAGGAAAUGUCUUCACCUCAAAAAUGGAGGGAAUGCUUACCGACAUGCGGCUAUCUCAAGAUGCGAACAAAGAGUACAAGGACUAUCUCACAGAAAACAACAUUUCGUCGGCCUUUGACCUCAAUGUUUCUGUCCUUGCUUCCUCCUUCUGGCCUGUGGAGAUGCAGCCGGAGAAGCUGAAAUGUAACUUCCCUCAAGAAUUAGAAGAAGCAAAGGACGUAUUUACUUCGUUUUAUCUUUCAAAACACAGCGGCCGACAGCUUGCAUGGUACCCAACAAUGGGCACUGCAGAUGUCCGUGUCGCGUUCAAAAACAGAAAGCACGAUUUGAAUGUGUCUACCGUGGCACUUAUGAUUCUGCUGCAUUUUGAGGAUGUUGAGGCAACCGAACCCAUACUCUACGAGACGCUUCGUGACCGAAUCCAGAUCGAAGAAUCGGAUUUAAAACGCAACCUGCAGUCUCUCGCAUGUGCGAAAUACAAGAUUCUACUCAAAGAGCCCAAAGGCCGCAACAUAAAUCCGGGUGACAAGUUCUACUUCAACGACGCGUUCACAUCCAAUCUCGCACGCAUUAAAAUUGCUACAGUUGCUAGUGCUCGUGUGGAGAAUGACCAUGAACGCAAGGAAACACUGGAGAAAAUUGACGAAUCGCGCAAACACCAAGUGGAGGCUUGCAUUGUUCGUGUCAUGAAGGACAGAAAAACGUUGGACCAUAACCAACUAAUCGCGGAAGUGUCUCGACAACUUAGCACACGGUUUAUGCCCAAUCCAAUGAUGAUAAAACGAAGAAUUGAGGCAUUGAUUGAGCGCGAAUACCUCCAACGCAAUGCCGACAAUUCCCGAGUCUACGAGUAUCUCGCCUAGGCUUCACUUCACACACACUCCAAAACGCUGUCUCCACCAUUCUCCAUGCUUCACACGGCAUGUUUGCAUUGUAACCAGCUUUCCCAUUUUCCAAUCUAGCAACUCUCUCACUCCUGACCUCAUGCGAACACUUUCCUCUCCUCCUACCGACCAAAGUCAUAUUCCGCCUAUGGCUUCCUUCCCUUAUGCAUUCAUUCCGUAUGCCGUCCACUAUCGCGAAGCUCUGCGGUCUGUCUCUCGCAUCCUUCGGCAAAUGCAACUCGACGACAUCCCCUGCUCCAAGCCAAUCAAAUUAUUAGCCGAAACGCAUUCCGCACUCUAGACGAAUGGGCGGACGCGUAAAAAUUACCGAGCCGAUUAAGCUUAUGCUAGAGACAUGGCUGCUGCAAGAAUGGUCAGCGCGAUAAUUGUCUGUGUUUCGACUGUCCAGACGGAACUGGACCUGUCCCCCUAACCAAAAACAGGAAAACAUUUGUAACGUUUGGACACGGAAAGCGCGUAAAAAUUACAUCUUUUUAGCGUUCCUAGCCUUCAAUCGGUCAAGAGUUCUGCCUUUGCCGUUUCAUGAGACGCGAAAUAAGGUUCAGCAUUCGUCAUCACACGAUCCGAAACGCGACACAGGCGCUUCCAGACGACCUUUCAUCGGAAAGAAGCUCAUCGAAUUACGCAAAGAACAAUGGUGAAUGAAGUCAUUGCUUGCCAUUGUUAACCUGAAACGGUUGUCUAUGGAGGGUAUAAGUAUGGCCGCUCCGUCCCCCGUUCACGACUUGCAUUUCCCACUAGCUGAG